CCAAUCCCAAGCCUGCCUGAACGCACGCCGUCGAGAGCUCGCCCUUUUCUACCGAGCGCGCCUGCGCACUGCGCUUAUCGCCUCUCGCCCCGCGAGGAGGUGGGAUCUACGUGCUCGGCAGUGAGCGUCCGCUCCCUUUCCCCGUCCGCGUUAAAGGCCGCCUGCCUCGCCGACCGCAAAGAUGCCGCGGAUCAUGAUUAAGGGGGGCGUGUGGCGGAACACCGAGGAUGAAAUUCUUAAAGCAGCUGUAAUGAAAUAUGGCAAAAACCAAUGGUCUCGCAUUGCCUCUUUAUUGCACAGAAAAUCAGCAAAGCAAUGUAAAGCCAGAUGGUAUGAAUGGCUGGAUCCAAGUAUCAAGAAGACAGAGUGGUCACGGGAAGAAGAGGAGAAGUUAUUGCAUUUGGCCAAACUCAUGCCAACCCAGUGGAGGACUAUUGCACCCAUUAUUGGGAGAACAGCUGCCCAGUGCUUGGAACACUAUGAAUUUCUACUUGAUAAGGCUGCUCAGAGGGAUAACGAAGAAGAAACAGCAGAUGAUCCUCGAAAACUUAAACCUGGAGAAAUUGACCCAAACCCAGAAACCAAGCCAGCUAGACCAGAUCCUAUUGAUAUGGAUGAAGAUGAACUUGAGAUGCUUUCUGAGGCUAGAGCUCGUUUGGCUAACACUCAGGGGAAAAAAGCCAAAAGGAAAGCAAGAGAGAAGCAGUUGGAAGAAGCCAGGCGGCUUGCUGCUCUCCAGAAGAGGAGGGAACUUCGAGCUGCGGGGAUUGAGAUCCAGAAAAAAAGGAAAAAGAAAAGAGGAGUGGACUACAAUGCUGAAAUUCCAUUUGAGAAGAAGCCUGCUCCAGGUUUUUAUGACACAUCAGAAGAAAAUUACCAGGCACUAGAUGCAGAUUUUAGGAAGCUACGGCAACAAGAUUUAGAUGGAGAACUGAGAUCGGAAAAGGAAGGAAGAGAGCGAAAGAAAGACAAGCAACAACUGAAACGGAAAAAGGAAUCUGACUUACCAUCAGCAAUUCUUCAGACUAGUGGUGUGUCAGAAUUCACUAAGAAAAGAAGUAAACUGGUGCUUCCAGCUCCUCAGAUUUCAGAUACAGAACUGGAGGAAGUUGUAAAAGUUGGGCAAGCAAGUGAGAUUGCACGUCAAACAGCAGAAGAAUCUGGGAUCACAAACUCUGCUUCUAGCACACUCUUGUCAGAAUACAAUGUCACCAACAACAGCAUUGCCCUUCGAACUCCCAAAACACCAGCAGCACAGGACAGGAUUCUACAGGAAGCUCAGAACCUGAUGGCCCUUACAAAUGUUGACACACCCUUGAAAGGUGGUCUUAAUACACCCCUCCAUGAGAGUGACUUCUCUGGGGUAACACCGCAGAGGCAAGUUGUUCAGACCCCAAAUACUGUUCUUUCUACACCCUUCAGGACUCCCACUCAUGGAGCUGAAGGUCUGACUCCUCAUAGUGGAAUGACUCCCAAACCAGUGGUGGGAGUUACUCCAGGCAGGACCCCACUGCGUGACAAACUAAAUAUUAAUCCUGACGAAGGAAUGACAGAUUAUAGUGAUCCAUCAUACACAAAACAUAUGGAAAGAGAAUCCCGUGAAAAUUUGCGCUUAGGGCUUAUGGGCCUUCCAGCUCCAAAGAAUGACUUUGAAAUUGUUCUACCCGAAAACGCAGAAAAGGAGCUUGAGGAUCAUAAUGCAGAUGAUACCUAUAUAGAAGAUGCAGCUGAUGCAGAUGCUCGCAAACAGACCAUUCGAGAAAUGGAGCGUGCAAAAGCACUAAAACGGAUGCACAAAGCGGUUCAGAAAGAUCUGCCAAGGCCCUCUGAAGUAAAUGAAACAAUCCUGAGACCUUUAAAUGUAGAGCCGCCUCUAACAGAUUUACAGAAGAGUGAAGAGAUGAUCAAAAAAGAGAUGAUCACCAUGCUUCACUUUGAUCUGGUACAUCACCCUUACGGAGAGCUCUUAGGUGGCAAAAAGGGAAAGGUUCCUGGUUUUGGAACUAGUAAUACAGAGCACAUGUCUUACCUUGAACACAAUCCUUAUGAAAAGUUUUCAAAAGAAGAUCUCAAAAAGGCUGAAGAACUCUUGGCCCAGGAAAUGGAAGUGGUGAAGCAAGGAAUGGGACAUGGAGAGCUUUCCAGCGAAGCUUAUAACCAAGUGUGGGAAGAAUGUUACAGCCAAGUAUUAUUUCUCCCUGGACAGAAUCGCUACACACGAGCUAACUUAGCCAGUAAAAAAGACAGAAUUGAAUCGUUGGAGAAAAGAUUAGAGAUUAACAGAGGCCACAUGACUACAGAAGCCAAGAGGGCUGCAAAAAUGGAGAAGAAGCUAAAGAUCUUGCUUGGUGGUUAUCAGUCCCGAGCAAUGGGACUCAUAAAGCAAUUGAAUGACUUGUGGGACCAAAUUGAACAAGCUCAUCUUGAGUUGCGCACAUUUGAAGAAUUAAAGAAACAUGAAGAUGCUGCUAUUCCGAGGAGACUAGAGUGUCUCAAGGAAGAUGUACAGCGGCAACAAGAGAGAGAGAAAGAACUUCAGCAGAGAUUUGCGGAAUUCAUGCUGGACAAAGAAGCUUUUCAGUCAAAAUACUAAAUCUCACAUUUGCUUAUAACAUUUUCAACUUCAUUAACCAUGUUUCACCAUCUGCAUCUUCAAAAAUAAGGCAUAGGCAAAUUUGUUUCCAGAUACAUAUUGUAUUCUAUAUAGAUUCAUUGUACUAUAUUCUGAUAAAGCUCACAUUCUUCUUUCUUUGGGAGCAUUUUUAGAGAGUCUUUUAGAGAGUUAAAAUAAAACUCAUACAUCCUAAUCCAGCAAGGAUAAUUUGCAUACGCUAAAAAUUGCCAUGCAGCUUAAAAAUUCCAGCACCUGGGAUUUGUUAUGUAGUGAUCCUUCCUGAAUCAGGUCCAUAUGUGUGCCCCUUAACAAAUGGAUAUUCUGACAUUAAAAGAAGAAAUCUGAUGGCUCUUAUUUGCUGAAGUUACUGUUCCUUUGUGUACCUAGUAUUGUUAAAAUCUACAGGACAUAUACACUUACAAUGUGUGUACCAGUGAGUGCUGUGAAUCUGGGAUGUAAAGCAAUGUAUUAAAGUGUGUUUGUACCUCAAA